AUGGCCAAUAAACCCAUACGCGACUGGGUCUACCUGGCCAUCAUCGGCCUUCAACUCACUGGCAUGCUUGUUCUCGAUCUCGUCGCCUUUUACCCCAAGCCACUCUGGGAGCCCGCCGGUGCGCCGCUGCAUUUCCUCGUGGGCCUGCGCCGGCGCUACGUCGCCUCGACCGGCGACCCCUUCUUCUCCGCCUCGUCGUCGGCCGUGCACAGCGCGCCGUGGUUUGAAGCAUUCUUGUACGUGGAGGGCUUCGUGCAGUUUCCGCUCGCGGCGUUUCUCGUGUCGCGGCUGGCGGCGGCCCGGCGGAUAGGCGGCGCCGCGGAGCUGGCCGGGCUGGCGUUUGGGUGCCUGACGUUUAUGGGCUCGGUGGCGUGCUGCUACGAGCUGCUGCACAUGGGGCCGGAGCAGGUGGCGGCGGAGAAGAAGACGCGGCUGCUGUAUGGGACGUAUCUGCCUUUUGCCGUGAUUCCGGCUGUUUUGGCUGUGGACAUGUUUCUGCGACUGCUGCCCCGCGUACAGGAUACAGGCGCCAAGGACAAGGAUGAAUGA